UUUUCCCCUCCCUUCUAAUCAACGUGAGCAAAACAGCAGCAAUGAAAAGGGCAAUUUUGGAGCCUUCUGAGCCAUAUGAUCUGGAGACUGAGGGCGAGAGGCAGCUGAAACUCUUGUUUCAUAACCAGCUGGAUAAAAAAGCUUCUCUGGAGAGCUGUGUUUCUCACCGUACCCGCUUUGCUCCUGGUUCCCUUUAUGAGCCACUCACAUCUCGCUCAGCCGGAACGCACUCUCUUAAUCAGUUCCGUGAUCUGCAGGAUAAGGAAAGUGAACGAGAUGCUCUGCGGGACUUGGGGCUUAGUGACUCUGACAUCCAGCUCUGGAAAGACCCUGAAUCAUUUGGCAAGGCAGACCCUCAUGCAGUGCGCUCUCGACGGUCUGCUCUUGAGCAUAAGGUAGCAGAACGCCUUAAACUGCUAAAUCUCCCCCAACACUUUGCUGGCAGCAAGAAACUGAAUCGGCGUGAAAUGGAGAUUGAGCGUGCCAUGUUUCAGGGCACCGAUCGACAGCACUUCUUGCGAGCACUCUAUCACCAAUCUGACACCUAUCCCACAGUUACAAACUUAGAAGAGGGCUGUUUGUCCAACACUCUGAACCAUGUAGGAGCAGUAGAGAAAAGCACAGAACAGACUAUGGACCAUGCUAGCACAACGAAGAGUAGCACAGAACAGAGUCUGGAUCACUCUGGCACAUCAGAAGAAAGGCUGAUACAGACUCUAUCACAAGUUGGUGCAGCUGAAAGGAUUCGUAAUGUUGAGGAGACGCUCCCAUCAGCAUUACCUCCGACGCUGAAAGCUGGACACACUUUGGCAUCUUUAGGUAGUGGAGGGACUUUUGGGGCAGUCAGGGAAGUUGUACCCACCAUUUCAGAAGAAGAGAUAAAACAAAACAGGGCAUCACAGGAGGAGAUAUGCAGCUUAUCGAGGCAAGGGGAGUAUCAUCCAGGGGAGCCAAACAGGGUUCUUCACAUCCGUAAUCUCUCCUCACAAGUGGCUCUUCGGGAUUUGGUUGGAUUAUUCUCUCGGUUUCAGUCAUCACAAACAUCCUCCUCUAACACCUGCACUUCCAGUUCUCCCUCCAAGACCCUCCCCUCUGUAUCCCACAGUCACACUACACCAUCUAACACUCUCCCUUCUUCUGAAGUUAUCCAUUACAGAGUUCUAACGGGCAGAUUGCGAGGUCAGGCUUUCAUUACUUUACCUGAUGCCCAUGUUGCUAAAUCAGCACUUCAGCUCCUCCUUGGAUAUCAACUCCAUGGACGUCCCAUGAUUAUCACAUUUGCUAAAAAAUCACCUGGUACAGAGCGUGAGGAACCUGGUACCUACACGUGGAAAGACCCUUAGACACCAAGUUUGUUCUAUAUGGUAUCACUCCGCUAAGAUGGGAGAGGAGUUUAUACAAUGUACAUUGUAUUUAGUAAAUAAAUAUUUAGAGCAUAAAACAAACCUAUAUAUAUAUAUAUAUAUAUAUAUAUAUAUAUAUAUAUAUAUAUAUAUAUAUAUAUCCUUAGCAUAAUGCAGUGUCUGAGGUGUAUAUAUUUUUAUGCAACAAUAAACACAAUAGUUGUAUUUAUUUUUAAAAAUAUUUUUUUAUUGAAGCAUAACAACUGUAUACAGGGAAUUAAACUUCAGAAGUCCAAGUUAUGAUGCAGUAGAUGAAUAACAAAAUAACAUUACAGAUAUAGCUUGUAAUAUACAGCAUAAGGCAGAAUAAAUUAUGUUCAUUUAACACCAAAAGUAUAAUAAAAUGCAAGUUAAAUAACUUACC